AGAGAUCUCAUUCAAAACCAUAAACACUAGUGCAUGCAUUGAUUCAUUCAACCAACAAUGUAUAAAGUAGCAAGCGCCAAUGAGUAUCUAGUGAUCACUGGUAUCGGAAUCGACGACAUUAAGAUCAGAAAGAAGGCAUGGGUGCUUCCGGGGCAGUCCUACACCUUCAUCGACCUCUCCCCUGUCAACUACACCUUCGAAGUUCAAGCCAUGAGCGCCGAGAAGCUCCCCUUCAUCCUCCCCGCCGUCUUCACCAUCGGCCCUUUUGACGCUAGGGACUCCCUUAAGAAGUACGCCAAGCUCAUUUCUUCUCAUGACAAGAACUCCAGCCACGUCAAGGAGCUCGUCCAGGGGAUCAUCGAGGGAGAGACUCGUGUCCUCGCAGCCUCGAUGACCAUGGAGCAGAUCUUCAAAGGUACAAAAGAGUUCAAAAAGGAGGUGUUCGACAAGGUUCAGCUGGAGUUGGAUCAGUUCGGGCUUUAUAUUUAUAAUGCAAAUGUGAAGCAGUUGGUGGACGUAGUAGGGCAUGAGUAUUUCAGUUACUUGGGGCAGAAGACACAGAUGGAAGCGGCCAACCAGGCCAAGGUGGACGUGGCGGAGGCCAAAAUGAAGGGAGAGGUAGGCUCUAAGCUGAGGCAAGGGAAGACAUUGCAGAAUGCUGCAAAGAUCGAUGCGGAGACGAAGAUCAUAUCAACCCAAAGGCAAGGGGAGGGAAAGAAGGAGGAGGUUAGGGUUAACACUGAGGUUAAAAUUUAUGAAAACCAAAGAGAAGCUGAUGUGGCAAAGGCGAAUGCUGAGCUGGCGAUGAAGAAGGCCGGGUGGGAGAGGGAGGCGGAGGUGGCGCAAGUGGAGGCAGCGAAGGCGGUGGCGUUGAAAGAAGCUGAGCUGCAAAGGGAGGUGGAAAUGAUGAAUGCGAUGACUAUGACUGAGAAGCUAAAGGCUGAGUUCUUGAGCAAGGCAAGUGUUGAGGCCGAGACCAAGGCGCAAGAGGCGAAUUGGAAUCUCUACCAAAAGCAGAAGGCAGCGGAUGCGGUUCUCUACCAAAAGGAGAAAGAGGCUGAGGCGCAGAGAGCAAUGGCCGAGGCCAAGUUUUAUGCUCAGGCAAAAGCUGCGGAUGGAGAGCUUUAUGCAAAGAAGACACAGGCCGAGGGACUUAUGGUGCUUGGACAAGCAGAAGGUGUCUACCUGCGCACUCUUAUGGAAUCAUUGGGAGGCAACUAUGAAGCGGUGAGAGACUACUUGAUGAUCAAUCGUGGGAUGUACCAAGAGGUUGCUAGGAUUAACGGCGAGGCGGUGCGGGGACUUGAGCCGAAAAUUAGCAUCUGGACCAACGGCGGUGAGGGUGGUGCUGGCGGCGGCAAUGCAGCUAUGAAGGAGGUUGCGGGAGUUUACAAGAUGUUGCCACCAUUGUUCAAGACUGUUCAGGACCAAACAGGAAUGCUGCCUCCUACUUGGAUGGGCAAUCUACCAGUUGCUGAUGGUUCUAAACGUAAUUGA